CAGUCAGUAUGGGACCCCCGGAUAACCAGACUACCGAGCUAUUGCUUUGUAAGUAGUGAUAUUGUAUGUAUCACUUGCCGAGACGUUCUCAAGGGUUGAUCAAAGAUGCCAGUAGUAAUUUGUCUCAGGAAGUAACACUUGGCCCGCCGAGGUAAAGUCUGCAGUGGUUAAUCCCGGCAGACCGACACGAUCUUAUUCUCUCCCUUGUCUUUCUGGGCAGCUGGGCUCUUUUUGUCGGAUCGGGAGCCAAGGUGCAGCAACUAUCAUUCAGACUUGGCGUGGUGACCCGAGCGGCCUUGGCCAUCCACUACACCCUAUUGGUAACCUGAAUCCAAUCCCCUUUCCAUUUAUCUUGCUGCAGCUCCCACCCGCUCGGCGCACAAUACUGCACAUACGAAAGGCAGGAACCUUCCUACCGGCGUGCCGUACAUUACCUACCCACCCACCUACAGGAAAUUCCCCCUUGGGUUCUUGGACGUGAAAUCAACGUUGGAUUUGGAGUCACUCAACAGGAAGAGGUGCAGCAGCCGCAUCCAGAACGUUUCCCCAACUUUAAUUCACUGGCUUGGUGGUGUUUGGUCCACUCCGCCUUUUUGACUGGAGAUCGACAACAAGCUCAGCCAUCGCCCACUUCAUCACAGACCGCGCAGGACCCCAAGGCUUGAAAGCUACGGAAAAAAAAAUCGAAAAAAUCAGACCAUGCGUCGAGACCAAAAAGGGGACGCUGGAUUGUUGUAGCCGGACUCAGUCUCCGACCGAUGGCGACAAACUGAAAACCAAGGUUCCCAACUUGCUGUGGCUGUCGAAACAGAGGACGUUCCUCUUGGAAGGUGGCGAUUUGUGGGAAGAUUUGUGAGGGGCAUCCAGAGCGCUUUCUAUUUUUGUUAUUCCAUUCAUCCCGCGCGGUGCACCACAUACUACCGCUUUGUGUCGCCGCGCACUGGGUCCCGAACGGCCACCACUGGCGCAUUAACGGCUGGCUGCACGAACCCGGACAAGGAAAACCAAAACAAAACAACUGCACGUUUUUCGGAUCCAGUAGCAGGAUUGGCCUGGCCUUUCAGUGGCUGGUGUUUUACCCAGCGGCUUCUAGGUCUCAGGAAGACGCAGUGCUCAAUUCGCCGUCUUGCGUCUUCCGCCGUAUCUCUCAAGUCGCUUGACGCUGGCGACAGGGAGCUUCGACAUCAUAUAAAACAAUGAGCGCCGCUCGUGAUCCGACAUCGCGGCUGCGCGCUGGCCUGAACCCUCUACUCACGUCACUCGCUGGCUAUGGCAACCAGUCAAACACGCCACACUCGGCAAUGUCCAUGACCUCGCACAAUGGCUUCAGUACCAUGCCGACACCUGUCAGCGCCAUCCAGCCGUAUAACCCGCAGGAAUGGAUUGCUUCUCCGGCGCCGGGAUCCGAACGCAACAGCCAGAGGUUUUCCUCUUCGGGAGAAUCUACAGGAUCAUCACUGCCUCCUCCGCCGUACUCUCCGCCCAGGAGCCAGCAGCCGCCCGGACAGGUGUACGAAAACUCGCCUGUUGUUGCAAACACAUCGGCACUCCGGUCUGCACCACCACCGCAGAGCCACUUGCGACAGUCUCCAGACCAGCAAUAUCCGACCAAUUCUCAGGCAUUCCCACCUCCACCACCCAACGCUGGAAGAGUUGCUUCGAGAGACAGGAGGUUUGGCAUCCCAUCCCUUCUCCGCCGGGACCGGGAUUCACCGGAUGCGACAACACCUCCAGAUACUUACUCCCCGGGGCAUGGAAUGUACCCAUCGACCUCGCUCAGUGCAUCACUAUCCACCUCUCGUCCCCAGAUCCCAGCCCCAUUGUCGCUGCAAAUACCGCAAGCACCGGAAGCUGAGCCUGGGCAGGUUCAGCAGCUUCCGCCCUCGGCGAGGAGGACUCAGUCCACGGGCUCCAUCGGCACACCAACCUCGGCUAGGUCACGGUCUGCCUCUCAGGUGCGAUGGGGUUCGAAUAUGCCCGUCCCACCACCACCACCUGGACCACCUCCCCCAGGUGGCCGUUCCCAAAGUUUAUGUCGGCCGAGCAACGGCAGUGAUCCAAUCAUGUCACCGCCGACAAGGAGACCUCCUCCCAGUGGAGUGACCGCUCUAGGGCCGGUACCCCCAACCCCUGCAAACUGGCACGAGAUGGAAGACAACGAUCACAACCGUAGCCACACCCCACCAACGAGACCGCCUUUGAUCACUAGUUCAAGCGCGCCAACCUCGAACCCACCGCAUCAAGAAUCCCAAGGCUCGUCCUCGGCUCCAGGUUCCGCACAACUCAUAAGAACUGGUGCCGUCAGGGGAGAGAAGACGCUGCGUGAGAGGAGGAGUGAGAGCCGAGCUAGGGGCAUACACGACUCAAUAGAUGCGUCCCUGGAGAGUGCAGAAAGCUCUGGAAUGAGCGACAUAGUCAUACCGAAUCCCAACCGGCUAUCGAGGCGCCUCACGAUUACCCGAGGGACUCCUCGCAGCGAAAGGACGACUAUAGAGGCGCCGCUUUCCGCCGACGAAAGCACCAACAUAACCCCGCGAGCAUUGGCCUCUGCUCCCGCCGCACCCAGUCACUAUCUCGAAACACCCCCGUUUUCUCCGUGUCCCCAGAAACCAUACCAGCUCAACGACAACCACGGUCCGAUGGCACCCAAAGCCCUCCCAACGCCUCCGCCGCAGACAAGAUCGGCGUCUAGCUCACAGGUGAGGUCUGCUUCCAACUCGCAGACGAGGUUGACGCUAGAUACCAGCAAGUCUGGUCAGAUGUCACCGCGCCAGGUCACCAAGGAAUCGGUGGUGAAGCAGACUCCGGAUCAGUUUUGUCGCGGCACCAUCGAGCGCUUCAAGGCUUUUGCACACAAGGAGGCUGCUGUUGCAGACGAUGCUGAGCGGGUUCGUUUGUUUGCCGAGUUUAUCGUCAGCGAGUCCCGCCUGAGACGCGAGAGAUAUGCCUCGUCCAUUGGAGCCAUGGGAUCUGAGGUCUUGGACUUGACCAGGGAUCUGUUCCGGCCCAUGUCUACGAGGAGGGCAUCAGUAACAUCACAAGCCAGCGCGGCUGAGUUUACUCCACAGACCUCGGAGCCCAGCCGGUCGCAUCGGGGAUCUGUUGGAUCCAUGCACCGAGAAGAGCCGCAGCUGCAGGUUGACCGUCAUGGAAAGUCGAACUGGGCGCCGUCAUCGGCGGGCUUGCCGCCGUCCCCUGGGAUGCCGGGCCCGUCCAACCAAAACUGGCAACAGUCGUCAACCAACUAUAUGCCGUCGCUCUCACCCAUCCUCAGCAUGAGCGUGAGCGAUGCGUUGGAUGAGCAAGACUCGCGUGGCCGCCCAGCAAGCAGGUGGUGGGAGACCGACUCCAACGGUACACCAUCAAUGCGGAUGGAGCGUAGUAAACGCGAGUCCAAAUACAUGGGUGUUCCCAAAGAAGGGCGAGAGGCCUUGCAGUGGAGCGAUGACCCUGCAAACACGUAUGCCGAUGCCGCUGGUAAGCGAGAGGCUGAUAGUGAAUAUCCUCCCGAGAAAUCAGGGUGGCACGAAGGAUCCUCAUCGAGUGAAGCAGCUCGGACCCCGCAGCCCAAACCGCGCAACGUGAUGGUCUCGUCUUCUUAUUCCACGCCCAGCACUCCUGAUCCGUCACAUCUCGACGUAUCCCGACUGGUCACCCUACCUCCACCAUACCCACGCCACCACCCCGCCGUCAACAACAACCACCCAGAGUUGACCGACACCAGGGUCGCUGUGCGUGCGAUUUCCGACUUUACCGAGAUCGAAACCACAAAGGCCCGGUUCAUCACCGAAAGCAAAAAGAAGCGCGAGGAGGCGACAGCCGCGUCCAAGAAACGAAUCUCGUCGCUGCGGUCGAACCUGCAGCAGGAGAUCGCCUGCGGCAACAUGACCUACGCCGAGGCCGCCGCCAUCGAAGACGACUCUGCCGUCGCCGAGCGCGGGGCCGCCAAGGACAUGGAAAAGGCCGACUUUGAGCGCUUCCAGCAGGUCGUCGUGGCGCCGCUCAACGACCUCCUGACAGGCAGGAUCGCCAAGGCCACGGCCCUCUUUGACGAGCUGCGGUCGCAGAUCUUCAGCGAGGCCCGCGAGCCCAGCCCCAACAACCCCCAGGAGGAAGGCGACGAGCGGCCCGAGCUCCUGGAGAAGCUGACGCUGCUCAAGUGGAUCUUUGAGGCGCGCGAGGUGCUGCACCGCGCCAUCUACGACAUCCUGACGGACCGCAACGACCGCUACCGCGACGUCGUCCUGACCCCCUACAAGCUCCUGGGCAACGCGGAGAAGCUGGCCUCGGCGAGGGCCUUCUUCGCAGAGGACUCGGCCAAGCGCGCCGCCGCCUUCGCCACCGAGUCGCUGCAGCGGGCGCGCGAGUUCCGCGACGUGGUCGAGGAGAACGUCUCGCGCGGCGUCGAGGUGCAGCUCUCGGCGUUUUGGGACAUUGCGCCGCCGCUCAAGAACCUGCUGGACGGCGUGCCGCUAGACCUGAGGGGCUUCCGGAUCCAGGUGCCCGUCAAGGAGGUGCUUGAGAACCCGAGCUACGAGCAGCACCCGCUGCAGCACCUGUUCAGCGUGCUCCUCCACGCCGAGAAGAGCACCUACCAGUUCAUCGAGUCGCAGACCAACCUCUUGUGCCUGCUGCACGAGGUCAAGGAGAGCGUCGCCGUCGCGCGCGCCAAGGCCGUCGCGGCGGAGCGGACCGUCGCCGCCCUCUCGCUGUCCGGCGCUGCCGGUGGAGAUGGUGCCGCGCCCGACGGGGAGGAGGACCCCAGCGUGCGCGACAUGAGGGAGGCAGAGAGCAGGGCGCUGACCGAGGACCUCAAGGAGAAGGUCCGGGUCGUGCAGGACCAGUGGAACAGCGCGCUCGGGGACUGCAUCAAUGGCGUCAAGGAGCGGGUCGGAGAGUGGCUGCUCGAGACUGGAGGGUGGGAUGAGAGCCUCGAGGAUGGAGGCGUGGGUAGAGGUUGAGAAUAUACUGGGUGAAGAGUUUCUGCAUGUAUUUGCUGCAGAGCAUACAUGUGGUAAUGUUUGAAUGAUACCCCCGACCAAAAUGGCAGCAUUUUCUUUUCUCCCUGUUUUAUCCUGCAUCGAGCCACAUUUCAAAUGAUUAGAACAAGCAACGAUUUGAAUGAAUAUAUUGUACAUAUUUUUUUACAUUGUCUGUGUUGCCGUAAAAUGUGCGAGUUGCCCUGGAU